UCCACUCUGCUUACUGUACCAUUCGCCUCGGCAAAACGAAGCAUUACACCGAAGCGGAGUCAUACGCGACACAGCAUCUUGACAUCUCUCCNNUACUUCCUUGAUAUCCAAUCCAGCAAACUAAUUUCAUAUUCACACAAUUGCAACAUGGAAACAGCAAGGAUGUUGAAAUCAUCUGGUAACAAAGUGUCAAAGAAGCCGAGAAAGAGUGUCGCAUGCCACUCGCACAAGAUCAAAUGUGAUGGUCAGAAGCCCUGCAAAAACUGCAGAGUUGCGAACGAUGCUCAAUGCGAAUAUCCUGUCAAAGAUCGAAAGACUACAGUCCGAGAAAGAAGCUAUAUCAACAACCUGCUGAAGGAGAUCGAGCGUCUCAAGCAACAGGCUCCCACACCGCAGAGCGAUAAUCAACAACAGAGUCAUAGUAACACACCUGAGCCUUCUGCCACCACCGACUCAGGAAAUCCUUUGGUGAGAGAUGAUGCCUGGUUCGUCCCACUCGAUGAAAGUACCAUCUACAUCGGCGAGGCAGCAUGUACAGCGUUUUCAUCACGUUUGCGCCAGCUUCUCCNNCUUCACACUCAGGCGGAGAUUCACAUAGCUCGAACGCACUAUGUCCAAGACGGUCAGAUCUUGCAAGCCGCUGAUGAGAAUGCACCAUGGCCGAGUAGGCCGCAGGCAUAUCUGCUUGUGGAGUCUGUCAUUGCGACAGUGGGACAGUGUUACCAUUUGUCUUCUCUGUCUAGUGUUCGCAGUAUACUGGAGAAGGCAUAUACUGAUCGAGCAGCACUCAACCAGAUGCAGGAGUGCAAGCUGUUUUCCUUAUUCGCACUUGCCCAGGUUUACUCACCUAGAUUGGCCGAAUCUCAACACACGGUGUUUCCUGGAUUGCCGUAUUUCGCANAAGCUAGAGCGCUCCUGCCUGUGUUGCCCGAGCGCGCCACAGCGGACCACGUGGAAGUUCUAAUCUGCAUUAUUGGCCAUUCCGCCUUCAUUCUGAACGACGAUAUAGAAGUCAGUCCACCUUCAGAUGACGGACUUACUGAUGCGCAGAAAGGUGAUGUGGUAAGUGCCGAUUACCUCUGUGCAAGUAUGCGACUGGCAAGUAUUGCUGGUGAAACAAUUUCCACCCUUUACAGUCGCAAGAAGAAUGAUCGACCGUUUGUUCAGAAGGUGCAAGCCAUAUUCAAGAGUCUUCGGGACUGGUCAGCGACAUUACCGGAAAGCGUCAAGAUGUGGCCAGAUAAGCCUGCGAGCUGGCACAUCGUCGCUUUACAUCUAUCUUUCAAUCAGCUGAUUGUAUUAGNNUGCGUCAUUCUCGCUACACGACCAACUUUGCUGCGAGUAUUUCAUGUCACCAAUCGCACGAACCGAAAGGAUGAGAUUCCCCAAGCUACAUUCAUGCUGGCAGAGACAUGCGUGCACACGGCGAGACAUACAUGCCGCCUCUUAACUCAAUCUUGGACUGCGCUCCCUGCUUUAGAUUAUUCGUCGGCACAAUAUCUUUAUGCUGCUGCGACCAUUCUGGCAGUGUCGAAUCUCUGCCUCGGAUCAAGUGCACAGGCAGACAAGGAGACCUUCCAGUCUGCACAUCACCUCAUGAAGCAACUAGAUCGACUAGGUAACAUUGCUGCACGAGAAUUCUGUCAGCACCUAGAUGCUGUUCUCGAAUGCAUCUCAAGAUUCGAGGCGAGGAAGUCUGAGCAGUUGCUGGGAGUCACACCACAACAACUCUCGAGUAUUGAUGCAUUGCAGAUGGAUGAAAUGACGAGUGAGAUGGCAAUCUUUCAGCCAACCGUGCAGGAUUUCUUGUCGUACGACUAUGCUGAUCUAGACGCACUGUUUCCUUUCGAUACAACAGAUAUCUGGCCGUAUGUGUCGAUGCCGGACUUUGAGCCG